AAGCGACAUUCUGCCUCUUUUGUCCUCGCUGUGGUGCGGGGUGCUGGCUAGAGUUUGCUGUCUGAUGGUGAUCGAGUAACCAGGCAAACCGCUCGGGCACUGAAACACAAAUAUUUGUGCUGCGCCUGUAUACACAUAAGCUCUCAACCUGACCUAUGUUUGUUCCAUAUUUAGGUACAUAAAUACCGCAGACGCACCGCAAAUCUUGCCCAUUUGUUAGGCCCGCUAUAUAGCGUUUCUCCUGUCUACUCCUAUCACCAUAAGGCGGCAUUUGACAUCACCUCAUAGGACUUGUGGCCAGCAACAUAUUGGCACCCCGCAAAUACCACAGCAAGCUCUUAAACAUCCCUACGGUCGGUGUCCUGCGCUUCUACACCUUGCUAUUUGCAGGAGUAUACAGACACGCCAUAGAAACCACUUCCCUGUAUUUACUAAGCCUUAAUCUUUAUUACGUCUCCUGUGGAGAUCCUAUUCAGUUUAGCCGUCCCAUUAUUGCUCAGUGCCCCCUGUCUGGGUGAUGCACACAGCUACUAGCAGUUAUCCUAUGGCGUCCCUAUAUGUGGGGGAUUUGCACCCCGAUGUAACCGAGGCCAUGCUCUAUGAGAAGUUCAGCCCUGCAGGACCAGUCCUGUCCAUUCGUGUGUGCAGGGACAUGAUUACCCGCCGCUCUCUGGGAUAUGCCUAUGUUAACUUCCAACAGCCUGCUGAUGCUGAACGUGCUUUGGAUACUAUGAAUUUUGAUGUUAUUAAAGGGAAACCCAUACGCAUUAUGUGGUCUCAGCGGGACCCAUCCUUGAGGAAAUCUGGUGUUGGCAAUGUUUUCAUAAAGAAUCUAGACAAAUCAAUUGACAAUAAAGCACUAUAUGACACUUUUUCUGCAUUUGGGAAUAUCCUUUCUUGUAAGGUAGUGUGUGACGAGAAUGGUUCCAAGGGUUAUGCUUUCGUGCACUUUGAGACUCAGGAUGCUGCAGAUCGAGCCAUAGAAAAGAUGAACGGCAUGCUGCUCAACGACCGCAAAGUGUUUGUUGGGAGGUUUAAAUGCCGAAGAGAGCGUGAAGCAGAGCUUGGAGCCAAAGCCAAGGAAUUCACAAAUGUUUACAUCAAGAAUUUUGGAGAAGACAUGGACGAUGAGCGAUUAAAGGAGACGUUUAGCAAAUAUGGGAAGACUCUGAGCGUUAAAGUGAUGACCGACCCCAGUGGCAAGUCCAAAGGGUUUGGCUUUGUGAGCUUUGAAAGGCACGAAGAUGCAAAUAAGGCUGUAGAUGACAUGAAUGGAAAAGAUGUCAACGGAAAGAUAAUGUUUGUAGGCAGGGCCCAGAAAAAAGUGGAACGUCAAGCAGAGCUGAAGCGGAGAUUUGAGCAAUUGAAGCAAGAGAGAAUUAGCCGCUACCAGGGAGUCAAUUUAUAUAUUAAAAAUUUGGAUGACACCAUUGAUGACGAGAAACUCAGAAAAGAGUUUUCCCCAUUUGGUUCAAUCACAAGUGCUAAGGUGAUGCUAGAGGAAGGCCGCAGCAAAGGUUUUGGAUUUGUCUGCUUUUCCUCACCAGAAGAGGCCACUAAAGCAGUGACUGAGAUGAAUGGACGCAUUGUUGGCUCAAAGCCUCUAUAUGUAGCUCUUGCUCAGAGAAAAGAAGAACGUAAAGCUCAUCUUACUAAUCAGUACAUGCAGCGUAUUGCAGGAAUGAGGGCCCUGCCUGCUAAUACACUUAUCAACCAGUUCCAGCCUGCACCUGGGGGGUACUUUGUGCCAGCUGUGCCACAGACCCAGAGUAGACCUACAUACUAUGCACCAAACCAUAUGGCUCAGAUACGACCUGGUCCUCGUUGGCAGCAAACUGGGCGACCUCAAGGUUUUCAGCCCAUGCCCAACACAUUGCGCCACAGUGGCCCUCGGCAGUCACUGCGCCAUAUGCCACCAUCUAAUGCUCAGGGUACCCGUGGCAUUCCCGGCGUAACCCAAAGAGUCGGAGUAUCCUCUUCUACCCAAACAAUGGGUCCUAGGCCUCCAGUCUCUGCUCCUCCACCACGUGCUGUUCCUCCAUACAAGUACACCCGUUGUCCUCUCCCAGUGGUGCAGCCUCUGCAGGCCCCCCAGCCAGCCGUCCAUGUGCAGGGACAGGAGCCUCUCACGGCCUCCAUGUUGGCUUCUGCUCCACCCCAGGAACAGAAGCAGAUGUUGGGAGAACGUUUAUUUCCUCUUAUCCAAGCCAUGCAUCCGUCAUUGGCGGGUAAAAUUACAGGAAUGCUGCUGGAAAUAGACAACUCAGAACUGUUACACAUGUUGGAGUCCCCAGAGUCUCUGCGCUCUAAGGUAGAGGAGGCAGUAGCUGUGCUCCAGGCUCAUCAAGCCAAGAAAGAUGCUGCACAGAAAGUGGGAAUUGUCACAGCUACCUCUUGAACCAGCCUGACCUGCAAGUAUCUGCACUAGUCUGGAAUAAAGAAGCCAAAAUCAAAUCACUAUGUGUGAGGGGUUGGUAAGUGGCUGCCAAGAACCUUUUCUCCUUCACAUAAACAGUUGUCUCUGCAGGAGAUGUUAAUUUGUUAAUAAUGAGGUCUAUGCACUAUGUCGCUUUAUGCUCUUGAGAUGAUAAGCCACAUCUUCGAUGAGCAUCAAUGGAUCCUUUCCAAGGACAUCCUGAGAGACUUUUAAGGUUACAAUGGAUUUUUAUUUUUUGCAGGUGUUGGGUUGACAACUAAUGUAAAACAUGAUUUGAAUGUAACAUCUUAAAGCUGUUUCUCUGUGAAAUAUUAAAACAUUUGUUAAUUGCA